AACUGCUGCUCGUAGACUACGGUCCAAAUGCGCGAUGGUCAGGCCGUCGGAAGGCGGUGGACUUCUGAUAGUCGGCUGGCUUCUGGCACUCCGUUCCCUCGGUGCCGGUGCCCAGUUGGAUCCCGAUUACGGAUGCCCGCCCCAGGAAAGGAUCUUGCCCUGCAGAUGUUCGACGCGCGACAUGGAGAUUCAGAUAUGGUGCAGCCAUAGCGAGUUACCAAAGGUGCUGGAAGGCCUAAAGGCGGUGAGCCACUACGUGAACCAACCGGUGGACGAACUGAUCCUGGAGAAUAACAACCUACCUAGUCUACCCGGCAAGGUGUUCGCGACUCUGCGAGUCUUGCGCCUGAUGCUGCGGAACAAUCGGCUCGAGAGGGUGUCGUCCGGCUGGCUGGAGGGUCUGCACGAUUCCCUACUGGAGCUCUUCAUCGUCGAGCCCGAUCUGCGAUCUCUGCCCGCGGACAGUUUGGAGAACCUGCAGGGUCUCGAGGCGGUGACGUUGCAGAGUCGCGUGAUAAAGCGACUGCCCAAGUUCACCGGUUUGCCGAAGCUGCGGUACUUGCAGAUCAACUCCCCGGCCUUGCUGGAACUCGCCCCGAGGAACUUUCGCGACAUUCCCAAUCUGGAGCAGCUGCACGUGUUCGGCAGCCCCAGACUGACGCGACUGGAGGCCAGUCUUCUGCGUGGUCUGCCGCGACUGGAACUGAUCAACGUCACCGAUUCCGGGAUUCAUUGGAUCCAUCCGCGGGCGAUGAUCGAUCUGCCGGAGCUCAGGGAGAUCUCGCUGGUCGGAAACGCGAUCAUCGACGCCGGUAUGGUCGGUCGAGCCUGCAUGGAUCUCCCGUCGUUGUCGAUGAUACGUCUGGAUCGGAAUCGGAUUAAUCGUCUGGGCGAAGGCUCCUUCGUUGAUCUUCCGGUUUUAUCGCGCCUCUCCUUGUCGCGCAAUCACAUCACGGAGAUAUUCGCCGAGGCCUUUCAACGAGUGCCGGCACUCAAGUCCGUGGACCUGAAUCACAACCUGAUCCAUCGUAUUCAUCCGGAAUUCUUUCCGCAUCGGACGGGAAACGCGUUGGAAGAGAUGUGGCUGAUCAACAAUGACCUUAGCCACGUGGCUGAGAUACGCUCGGUGCUCGAGGCUCUUCCAAGGUUGAAGUUCUUAGACGCCAGCCACAAUCAGCUAGAGGAAAUACCCUUCGGUGCUCUAAGAGGCCAUCCCACUUUGGAGAGACUCCAUCUGAACCAUAACAGACUGGCGUUUUUGCAGAGAGAAACGUUUACGGCGAUGCCGGCGCUCAGGGAGCUCAGACUGAAGAACAAUUCCUUGUCGAAUCUUCUGGAAGCUCCCUUCUGGAAUCUGCCAGCGUUAAAGGGUCUGGAUCUUUCGGAGAACUACUUCCGUCACAUAGAGCCGCGUUUGUUCGACAAUCUGCCGAACCUCAGACGGUUGGAUCUCAGCGGAAACGCCAUCGGGCUCAUCGAACCUGAGUCCUUCCUCAGCACUCCUGCGCUGGAGCACGUCAACGUCUCCAGAAACGCCCUGUCCAACCUUCAUCCCUUGACCUUUCGACACCUGACGAACCUGUACGAGCUGGACGUCGGCUGGAAUCGUAUGUCAGCAGUGGUCCCUGGUCUACCGAAGGACAUCGAGCACCUUCACAUGCCCAUGAACCGUAUCGCCGCUCUUCCAGUCGUGUCCUCUCAGGAUCUGGCUCUGCCGGCGCUAAGAUCGCUGGAUCUAAGCGCGAAUAGAAUCGAGAGAAUUCCAUCCGGCACGCUGGUCCACCUGUCGAACUUGAGAAAAUUGAGUCUGGGCUACAAUACCCUGAGGCUCAUAGACGACGGUGUUUUCGACGGACUCUCUAGAUUGGAGCAACUGGACUUGAAGUACAAUCGACUGGCCACUUUGCACGGACGAAGCUUUCGACCUCUGAAAUCCCUGAUGGACGUGAAUCUUCGGGGCAAUCGAGUGGAAGUUUUACGACCGGAUAUAUUUCAGGAGAACGCCAGAUUGCAGAGGAUUGAUCUCAGCAGAAAUAAUCUCGCUCAAAUCCCUCACGCUACCUUCGCCAAUACCAGAGAGCUUCGUGAACUAUACGCCUCACACAACACUUUGACCGAGUUACCCGGAUCGCUGCACGGCUUAACGGCUCUUCGGGUCCUCGACUUGAGCUUCAACAAGCUGAACAUUCUAUCGCCGGAAACGUUAAGCAGCCUCUCGUCCUUGCUCGAGCUAAAACUCGUUAGAAAUCGCAUACGAGAGUUGCGUGAGGGCGCGUUCGAUGGGCUGCAGCGGCUGUCCCUGAUCGAUCUCGAGGACAACGAUCUUAGGGUGAUCGAGAGGAACGCGAUCAAAGCCUUGCCGGAACUGCAGGCCGUCAGACUCGGCAGGAAUCGAUUGCAGUCAAUUCCAAGCGGCGCUUUCACCGAGCUGCCGUUGCUACAGAGCGCGGAACUACAGGAAAAUCGGAUCCAGGAAAUCGCCAGUAAUGCCUUCAUUAACGUGCCACACUUGCUAUUCCUUAAUCUAAGUCAUAAUAAUCUGCCGGGGCUAGAGUACAUCGGCUUGGAGAGCCUUCACUCGUUGGAGGUCCUCGAUCUCAGCUACAAUCGGCUAUCGAGAGUCUCGAGCGACAGUCUGGCAGCUAUGGAAUGGCUGGUGGAAUUGAAGAUGGACAACAAUCGAAUUUGCGCCGUGCACGGCUCGCCUUUUGACGAUAUGCCGAGAUUACGUGUGCUGAGUCUGCGAAGCAAUCGGAUGACCGCGGUUUCCGAAAAUGCCUUCAAGAGACUGAGAUCGAACAUCGCCGUCUUGGACAUCGACGGAAAUCCAUUGUCCUGUUCUUGCGGCAUGCUUUGGCUACGAGGAUGGCUGCAGGAGGCUUCCUCGGAGGGUCCUAGAUGCGCUGACGGUUCUCUCUUCAGAGAACUCAGAUUAUCACGUCAGGAUUGCAAGCAUGAGAGAUACAUCGAGCCGAUCCAUCCAGGAUGCGAGUCCGAAAUGAUUAACGUUGCAGCGCCUUCGGUCUCUUCAUCUGCGUUUAAAGUUACAGAGGCGGUGCCGCUGUGGAUGAACCUGAAGGAUUCGUCGACGCAGAAGUCUUCCGUUUCGCAGGACUCCGAUUACGUGGACGAAUACCUGGACUAUCAGGAUAACGAAAGCGACACGAGCACGUCCCCGUCGCUGUCAAGUUCGCCUACCAUCGGCGUAUCGCCCGUCCAGCCCGUAAAGAUCAUUCAUCCUCCACCGCAGAAGCACCAGAACCAGAGGAACAACGCAACUUCACCGGUGAAAAAGAACCCUGUGAUGCCGCCGUCUCCCAGCAGCUCCGGUUUCACCUUCUUCGGUCUACCUCUGCCGAGCAUGAGCUUUGGCCUCUGGGGAAACUCCAAGAGAAAAGCCGAGAGAAAGGAGUCCUCGACGUCGGUCAGACCCAGCCGAGGACGCUACCGAUCCUUUCCGCCCACGGAGCCAGAAAUUCACAGGGGUGGUUUCGUGCCGCUGCCGCGUGCUCAGAGCGGCUUCGUGCCGAGUUCCGAUCCUAGAUUGAUGUACGAGAAGCAGGAGGCGAAGCGCGAGAACGUGUCCAAGUCGUCGGACGCCGGAAGUCAGAGAGUGCCGGAGGAGCGACCGAGGAAGAGCGGGAACAGCACCGUCACCAGGGUGGAGAAGAUCGUCCCCAGGAACGGGAAGCCUCGGACGAGUCCCCGGGAACGGGAGGAGUUAACCACCGCCUCGACCUUCGACCGAUCGACCGCUUCGAGCAACUACAAUCCUCGCAAGCAUCCACCCGAUCUCAGGGUCAAUUCCGACGUGUUAAACGCAACGAAAAGUAGUGCACCGAUUAUUGUGGAGGAGUCCUCGCAGGAAACGUCAGUGUCUACCGAGAUUUAUGAUAGCGAGAGUCUAGAAGCAGACUUAGAAGAAGUUAAAUUCAUCGAAAAACCACAUAUGGAAAUCGCCAGUAGGAUAAUUUGGACCACACCUAAGGCGAUAAUUAUGGAAACGAGAAAAGCUACAACUAUCAAAGAUAUUGUGACGGCAGGAAUGGAGAUCGCACCGUCUCCAGAAAGCAGCACUAAAGACAUUUGGGACAUCGACAUGUCCGACUAUGAAAAGAAUUCGACAACUCGAUUGAGCAUCACGACUGACUCUUACGAUGAAUCUGACAAUCUGCAAGUGGCAAAAACAGAUGCGCCACGCCUCUCGUUAUCGUUGACCUCCUCGGCGUCCUCGAAUCCUGCGCGUCCACGAGAAACCACUACUGCGACCUCCCGGGAAGCGGAGCCGUCCGCUUUGUCCGCGUUGCUGGUCCCGGGAGGACAGCUGCCGUCUUCGGGGCCGGUAGGAAAUCCUCGUCCGCUCGGCAGAUCCACGAUAACGAAGGUCUCGUCGCCGUAUCUUCACAAUGCCGAGCAGUUGCGGGAGAAGCAGAAGUCGGUCGCCGCCCAGAGAAGCGCCGAAGUCGUCGAUCGCACGACGACCGAAAUCCAGAAGGACGCGUUCGUCAUCGACGAAGAGGCCAAGGUGAUAGACGACAGUCCUUUCAACUGGUACUUCCAGCAUUACAAUGAUACGAAUUUGGAACCUUACGUAGGUGUAGCUUACAGCGGUGCCGUAAAGAUCGAUGCGUAUCGAUGGUUACUCUUGCUCGUUCUUGGAAUCUUAAUAUAGAGGUUUUUUUUUAUAAUUCGUAGAAAGGAAAAUAGAUGGUUUUUAUAACUAGACAAAUGUAUAUCGCUAAAGAGAUGAAACGGAGAGUUCAUAAGAGAUAACAUACAUUAUAUCUCUUGAUGAAUAUUGCUCUAUGAAAGUAUCUCUCAAAUCACAAAUUAUACGUAUACAGGCAUGCAUGUACGAAUAAUCUCGCGCGAUGUACACAGUUACAUAUGUAUCUAUAUAUAUAUUUUGUCCGAGAAUCAUUGUAUGUACAAAGCUCAUGCUCGUAAGUGUAUUUGUUUUUAUAUAUUUUUAAUUAC